UUUAAUGAAGAAUAACAGGGCAAAGCAGAAAACGGCAAACCGCAAUGAAACUCCAGGUUAACUGAACCUGGUGAAAGCUGUGAUCAGACUGAUGCGAAGAAAACACACAGAGUCCCGUAAACAGAGAUCAACCAAACUGAGUCGUUUGGGUAGUCCGACAGUGUUCCUUAGCCUAAGCUGUAGAACGGACAAAGAGCUGGUGGAGGAACAGGGGUUAUGUAGCAUGGGAACUGAUUAGGGCCAGGUGUAUAGCUGAUUAGUAAGUGGGAGAGCUGCUUUGAGUGAUAGGUGAAGGUGUGGCUGGUGGAUCCCUGACACACAGAUUGUCCAUGCAGUAAAAAGGCUCUAUCUUAUUUCAUCGCUUUUUCUCUCUUUCUCCCUCUCUAUCUUUCUCAUUCUCCCUUUCUCUUCCUCUCUCACUCACUUACUCCUUUUUAUAUUCCCACUACAUCAUUCACUUCCAGGAUGUUUCCGUUGCCAGGGCAACGGUUGGUAAGGAGCAGAAAGAAGUGAGGGACUGAGAAAAUGUGGAUGUGCAAAGGGAGUGCACUCUGAUAGUGUGUUAGAAAAAUAUGUCCCUCAGUUAAAUUUUAGAACCACAUGAAUAAUUCAAAGAUUUUGCCAGUGUGGCUGGAAAUGGGUUUUUGUGUGUGUGUGUGUGUGUGUGUGUGUGUGUGUGUGUGUGUGUGUGUGUGUGUUGAGGGAAUGAAAAUGCAUGAUAGGAUGUCAGAGAAGGAAGAGGGUGGAAAAGAGAACAGAUUUAUAUUAAUGAAAAAUAAGAAAUUUUAUAUUGCUAGUACACACAAUAGGUGCACAUCUACAGCGGAAAACCUGUAAGACAUACAUUUCAAAAGAAUAUGCAUAAGAUCACUGAACUAUGGAUAAACAGACAAAUAAAGAGACAGUACAAGCACGAAAGGGAUAGUUUAUGAGGAUGUGGUGGGGGAGUAAAUCUUUCAGCUAAAAGAGUCAGAUGUGACAAUAGAUUUGUCUAUGUUUAUGGUGGUCUGUUGCUUUUUCAACAUAGUGUAGCACUGUGACAACCAGGAGAGAGAGAGAGAGAGAGAGAGAGAGAGAGAGAGAGAGAAGCAGAGAGAAAUUACCACUGAUUAGAAAAUGUCACAGAGGGAUAGUGGAGAUAAACAAGCUGCCUGAGAGCACAAAUAAAUUAACCUAGGGGGAUUUAAUUAUACAUUUUAAUCAAAUUACCCAAUCAAUGAAUCUGAUAUAAAGUGGGAGAGCUUGUGUCCCUGCCCUUGUGUUUGGCACGCUACAGGCCUCCAGUCUGACAGUAAUAGGAACAGAAGACUAUGUGGAAGUGGAAGGCUGGGGUAGAUAUAGAACAAUUACUCUCACAUGUCAAACUCUCCAUUUAUCUCUGAGUCUACCUCUCUACUUCUGCCCAAGUGUCAUACAACAAAACCAGUCUAAUUCUAUGUGAUAUUUUAAAGUUUAUCCUGAUCUGCUUCGGCUCAGUGCAAACCAACAAGAGCCCAUUCAGCCACAAGAGUAUAAGUGAGGUCAGGCAAUGAGGCCUGGUGCACACUGGGUUUGAUCGUUCAUCUCAAGUGUGAUCGGUUUACUGUAAAUUCUUUCACUCCAACUUUUCAUAACAUCUUCAUGAACAUGUUUUGUUGCUGAAACAUAUUUUGACUUCUUAGUUUCAGCAAAGUAUGAAAUGUAUGUGAGAACUAUAGAAAACAAUGGUGGAACUAUAGGGAACUAUAUGCGAGAACUAUAGAGAACGAUGCAGGAACCACAGCAAACUAAAUGUGGGAACUAAAGAGAACAAUGCUGGAGCUAUAGUGAAAUAAAUACAGGAACAAAACAAUGCUGGAUCUAUAGUGAACUGUGCGCUCAAACUACAGAGUAUGAUACUAGAUCUAUAGUGAACUAAAUGCUAGAACAAUGCUGGAACUACAGAGUCCAUGCAAAUAUUGGGUAGUCUGUUUAGAAAACAUAUAAAUAAAUAUUUAUUUUAUUGUUUAUUUCUUUUAUGUGGCUUUUUUUUUAUAGCAGGCUCUAUUUCGCCCCCUGGUGGUUGACUACUCUCCUCUGUAGGCUACAAAUUCAUUCUGCUGACAGCCGGAAGUGAUUCAGUGAGUGAAGCCUCUCGCUGACACAGAGGCACACAAGGAUUCAGCGUGGUGUAGCCUUCAGCCUGAACUGAGCGACAUGUCGAAGUUAGAGAUGUUAAAUUCGUAUUUGAUGGAGCGCCUGGCUGUGGCUGUUCGGGAGAUCCUGGAGGCGGUGGAAGCCACGGUAACGGAGUACCGCACAGAGACCGCGCAGACGCGCCUGGAAAACGAAAUCCUCAGACAGCAGGUCCGAGAGCUGCUCACUGCAGACCCGGUUCAUAGGUCCUCCAAAUCUGCCUCCGAAGAAAUCUCUUCAUGUGAUCAACAGGAGUGUGGCUCGAGCUUAGAAGAACAAGCUGAAUCCCAAGAGCUGAACCAGAACCUAGUGCAGAGCGAAGGUUCAAAUGGGACAAAUAGGCCACAGAUAUUAGACCUGGUACCAAUUUGCAAAAAAGACCCAGACCCUGAGGUGAAACGGAUCAAUGUGGACUUGUGCACAGAGAAUCCUCCUUCUGAAAACAAGGAUGAAAAUAACGUUCAAGAAAAGUUGUUGCCUGUUGUAAAACUGCACAGGGUGAAGCUUGAACCUGAAGAGAAACAAAUUCCAGUAUUAUUACCAGACACUGACCUUCCUACAGACUCAGGCCAUUUGUACAGUCCUGAAUCCUCCUCUCGGAGCAUGCUCAGUCCUGGUACAGGCAGCCAUAACGCGUUGAUCGCGGACGUAACAGAGAGAGAAGAGUCACACAACACGACUCAGCAGAACGAGGUGAUGGAAGUAGGAGAUGUAGGUAAUGAGGAGCGCGGUGAAGUGCUGUAUAAAUGUUCACAUUGCCGGAAGUCGUUCACAGAACUGAAAAACCUACAGACGCACCAGCAAGCUCACGAGCGAGCUUUUGGCUGCAAUUGGUGCGGCAAAGGCUUCUACCAAUCAGCUGAUCUUCGGCGCCACUUACGCACACAUACAGGAGAGAGGCCCUACUUAUGCACCUGGUGCUCCAAGAGCUUCAGCCAGAGGAGCAACCUGCGGCGACACAUGCGCAUUCACACAGGAGAGAGGCCGUACCGGUGUGCCCACUGCGAGCGCAGCUUCAGCGACAGCCACACGCUGAAGAAACACCAACGAAAACAUUACGAUGAGCGAUACAACUGCUCUAUUUGUGACCAGAGCUUCACUGUAGCCAGGUCUCUUCAGCUUCACCUCGUAAAGCAGCACUUCAUCGACAAAGACGCUCAAAAUCAACAGCAAGAGGGAUUUCAUAAUCAAUUGUAGACUCUACUGCUCUCUUAUUAACCUGGCAUUCUAAAGUAUUGAUCUGGCUGAUAUUUGUUUUGCUAAAGCUCACAGUGUAAACAUGUAGGAAAGCCAUGUAAAGUCAGACUACCUUGAAAAAAUUUGUUUGCUUUUAAGAUAGAGAUUUCUCCAUCUGAUCCUAAUCGGUAUUAAUUACAAAUAAACUUACCUGCCCCAUGAUUUUUAAAAAUCUUUAUGAGGAUAUAUGUAGGUUUAUAAAUCUAUAAAGUAUGCUUUUUUUUUUCCUGACCUCAGCGAGCACUCUUAUCUGAUGAUGUGUAAAAUUUGUGUCAUGUUCGACACUUGUUACAACUCAAGAUGAAAAUGUAAUGGAUUUAGCAAUGCUGCAAUAGCUGCACUGUUUUCUUUGUUUCCACACAGUUUAAUUAUCAUGUCACGUGAGUUUGUAGGUGCAAAAAAAUUAUCAGCUUAUCGGGGACUGUAAAGAAGGACGAACAGCUACAUCAGCUAACAACAAUGGUUCUGGUGGAUAUGUAGCAAAUAGAAACACCAGAGUGACCUAGAACAUUAAAGUAAAUUAGUAAAAUAAUGUUUAGGUGUAUGCACAAAAGCAGGAUCAAGGAUGCAAUUAUUUCUUCAAGGAUGGAAGUCACAGGGUUGAGAUGUUUUUACUAAACCAAAAUUGUACUGAGUGAAUCAAUUCUUUCAUGCAAUAAACAUGCAAUAAAUAUG